CUCGGGAUGUCGGAAGGGUGCUGCCGGGGCCGGGCUAUCUGGGGUUCAUGAGCUACUGCGACAUUUACGACGAGACAGACCGAAGCCUGUCUCUCUUGCGCGGUGGUCCGGCGUCAGAAACGACGCCGACAGAGACGCGUGCUAUAACGCCUCGGACUACCCCUGUGGUGCCGACGCUGUCCCGCAGAAGUCUCGAGACAUGUUUGACCGUGCUCCGGCAUGUGCCUACCCGCGCCGAGGCCCGCCGCUUGUUCGACGACGGCUGUACUGUGCUCGACUGUUGGGUCCGUCAGGUCACGCAGCGCGUCAUGCUCUCCCUCUACGAGAUUUUCGGUCAUUGCCUUGGCGACAGCCGAAAAGAGACAGAUCUGAUCGACAUGGCACAUCUCCUCUCGCGCAACACCUCGGUCAGCCUGAGCGACAAGGAGGCCGAUUCCGAUGCAUGGAUCCAGUCGUUUUCCGGCAGGAACCUGCGCUGGGACACCUUGGGUGUCAUGUUUGUAUACUGGGCGUUCGGCGGCAGGAGCAAGCGCUCGUUCCGCAUGGAGAGCGGCGACCGUACCGAGGUGGCGGGCUCCGUGUUGACGCUGCAGCGGUGCAUCGAUCUCUGCGUCGAGCUCAGCCGCGGCGCGUCCGAGGGCAACAUCCUCCUGCUCUACGUCUUGUACCAGCGCGCCGUGCUCGAGUCGAUGAUUGCCGGCGACGCCAGCCCCUCGGUGUGGCGGUACCACGGUGAGGCAGCCGGCCUCAUCAUGUAUCUCGGCAUACAUGCCGAGACGACGAGAGAUGCCUACGUGCCGACGCUCGCGGGCGAGCUGCGGCGCAGGCUGUGCGGUCUCAUCAUGACCAUUGACAAGGUCGGCGCCAUAUUCACGGGGCGUCCACCUCUGAUGAGCCGCCGCUACAUCAGCACGCCGCUGCCGCUGGAUCUUCGGAACGAGGACUUGAUGGGCGGUCACGAGACGAUCGUCAAGGCCAUGGGGGCCCUCGAUGAGAAUGGUUGGAACACGUCUGGCGGCCCGUACCCAGCGACGGUCGUCCGGGCAAGAACGCUGCUGUCUUUGGUGAAGGAUGAGAUUAUCGAGAUUGCCCUGGGGAACGAUCGCCAGGCGAGCGUUCAAGAUUUACUGGCCCUGAAAGCCCGCCAGGACAAGACGAUGGCGGAGCUCCCCCAAGGUCUCAAGUACGAUAAAGAGAACCUGACCGACUACGCAGUCGAACAGCCUAUCGUCUUCACACGCCAUGUGAUACAGCUAGAACAUCUGCAGGCUCAUUUCCUCAUCCAGCGUCUCCUGAUCCAGCGCGGCUACGACGGGCAAGCCGAACUCAUUGCCAUUUCGUUCGCCAUGGUGUCGCUGACGGUCAAGUUCUGGACACACAUGGAUCGGUUCUCGCUGAUGAUUGGCGACUUUGAGUGGCUCGUCAUGGCGUACGCUGCUCCAUCGGGCGGCAUUCUGUGCCAGGAGCUCCUCAGGCCCAGCGUGCGCCUGCCGAGCGUCGGAGACGAAACGGCAGCCUCGGGGACGUCGGCAGACGACAUGCUGCAGCUGCCGACGCGGUUCGCCAUGAUCGAGCACCUCUUCCUGCUGGUCGGGUUCCUCGACCGCGUAUCGCCUUCGGCGCCCAACGGCGAUCUCUGCCGCGAUUGCAAGGUUGUCAUCCGCCGGGUGCUGGAACAGAGCGUCGGCCAGCCGCCUGUCGCAGCCAGCGAUGUCAGGGGGCUGGCGCCGUGGGACGUGGAUCUGCAGCCGUCGGUGGAUUUCAACUUUGAGCUGCUCGACACGUUUGACUGGAUCCGCGCGGAAGCAGGCUGGUGA